AUGGUCCGAUCAGUAGUGGCGCGCUGUGUCAAGCAGGUAUUCAGACAAUCGAGAGGCUUGCAUACCAAGCCGCUGUCUCACGAGUCGUCCAUCGCACACCUCCUCGACCAAGGGCCAAAGGACAGCGAGAGGGUCGUCGUCAAUGGCUUUAUACGGUCAAUCAGGAACCAGAAGCAGAGGUCUUUUGCCUCUGUAGGGGACGGGUCCAGCCUCGAGCCGCUGCAAGCCCUCCUUACUCCCCAACAGUCCGAGAGACUCUCCAAUGGCACAGCUGUCCGACUCACGGGCUCCUGGAGACAAUCGCCGAACCCCAAGGUGCAAAGCCACGAGCUGCAUGUCAAGGAGGUAGAUAUUAUCGGAUACUCAGACCCUGCUACGUAUCCUCUGCAAAAGAAAUACCAUACGCCUGAAUACCUACGAACGAUGCCCCACAUGCGAGCUCGACUUCCCUUCAACUCCACAUUACUACGUUUCCGGUCAGAUGCUAUAGCAGCAGUCACUUCAAUGUUCUCCGAGAAUGGCUUCACUCAGAUACACACACCUAUAAUCACAUCCUCUGACUGCGAGGGCGCCGGAGAAGUCUUCCGGAUCGGAGCUUCGGAGAAAGAGUUGGGCAGCGAGGGAGACGACGGGUCGUUUUUUAAGGCCGCAAAAUAUCUGACAGUCUCAAGCCAAUUGCACCUUGAGGCUUUGGCACAAUCUGUUGGCAAAGUAUGGACAUUAUCGCCAACCUUCCGGGCAGAAAAGAGUGAUACUGCGCGCCAUCUGAGCGAGUUCUACAUGCUGGAGGCUGAGAUCAGUUUCACGCAAGACAUGGAAGAUGUGAUGGGGUUGGCUGAGAAAGCUGCCCAGUCUAUAGCCCGGAAUUUGGAUUCGGCUGUGUCAAGAGUUGGGAAGGAACUGCUGCAAAGCACAAUAGGAGAAGAGGAAAUUAGAAGACGAGUGGGCGGCAUGCUCCAAGGUUUCCAUCGGAUAACGUACACCGAGGCUAUCAAGCUACUGCAAACUUCUACACACCAAUUCGAAUAUUCUCCAACAUGGGGCCACGGCCUACAGGCGGAACAUGAACGAUGGAUUGCCGCGCAGGUUGGGGGCAAGGCAGACAUUAGUGUUCCCGUCUUCGUCACCCACUAUCCUCGAGCCAUCAAACCAUUCUACAUGUUACCAACAGCCAACACCGCGGAUGGCCGAGAAACGGUGGAUUGUUUCGAUCUUCUUGUUCCAGAGGCAUGCGAAAUUGCAGGCGGUUCGACGCGUGAGCAUCAGCUGAGGCCCCUCAUCAAGUCCAUGCAAGCAAAGGGCAUGAUUCCAGGCCCUGACCCCUCGGACGAAGAUCUUGGCGAAUUGAGAUGGUACGUUGAUCUGCGACGAUGGGGUAGUGUGCCUCAUGGUGGAUUUGGUCUGGGCUUCGACAGACUAUUGGGAUAUCUUGCCGGUGUGCCAAAUAUCAGAGAGGUGGUCACCUUUCCUCGAUGGGUUGGCCGUUGUGAGUGUUAG